ACUCACCAGUAUUCGGUUUCCGGCUUAUUCUGUCGGUCGAGUAUUGCGUUCGUCCGUGUGCACCUGAGUUCGCAGCACACAUUUUAAAUAAAAUUUACCCAUACACAUAAAUUACAUUGAACUGUAAAACGUUCUUUUUAUUCAUUUUUUGAUUGUUCGUAGCGAUAGUGCCGUCGUCAUCGCGAAAGUGUUGGAAAAAAAUAUUAGUAACUAUUUUGGAUAUUUGCUAAGUGAAAUUGAGUGUACCGUAUAUGAAAUUUUGGACAGAUACGGUGAAUAUCCGAAACUGCAGCAGCGUCGGACGCAGCAGCAGCUAUCGGAAGCCUUAUUGAAAGUCAUCACCGUUCUGGGCACCAGUUGACCACAGCCAUCACGACGCCAGUGGGUCAGGACGCCACAGGGGCGGUGCACCAGCCCCCUUAUGCUCGGAGUUGCCGUAUCCGUCCGUCAACGAUUGGCGGCGGCGGUCCACAGAGCCACGGUCAUAUGGCCACAUCGUCGUUGGCCACAACAUUCGGUUUACAGUUCUAUCCGGAUGAGACACCCGGUCAAGGAGGUGCGGCCGACCCAUUAACUCCUAGAGCUCCGGUAGCCGGACUUCCCGGACAAUCAUCUAUCACUCAAUCGUCGCAGUCGUCACCUUCGUCCGUAGUGGCAGCGGCAGCGGCCGCUGCAGCCGCAGCCGCAGCAGCUGCAGCUACCGUACAGGCGUCUCAACAACCCAUGUACGCCACCUCAGCCACCAACAGGAGCACGUCACCGCUAAACUCUCAGAAUCACUUGGCCACCCAUCCUUUCCACAUGUCAUUUCCAGUCACACAAACCCAUAACAUAAGCAGGGGCGGCAGUGGUGGACGGUGCAGUAGUCUUAUGAUGAGUUGCGCUGGUUGCGACAAACCCAUUAUGGAUAAGUUCCUUUUGAACGUGUUGGACAGGGCGUGGCACGCGGAGUGCGUUAAAUGCGUCGACUGUCACGGCACGCUGUCCGACAAAUGCUACAGCAGGGACGGCAAAAUUUUAUGCAAACCAGACUUUUACAGGAGGUACGGGAAAAAGUGUAAUGGCUGUGCCCAGGGUAUAUCGCCUACGGAUUUGGUGCGAAAAGCCCGGGACAAGGUGUUCCACUUGAACUGUUUCACGUGUAUGAUUUGCCGGAAACAGUUGUCCACCGGCGAGGAGUUGUACGUGCUCGAAGACAACAAAUUUAUAUGCAAAGAAGACUACAUCACCGGAAAGAACGGGCAAGGCGUCGACUCGCUGCCGUAUUCGGGUUCGGAAGACGAAGAGGACGACGAGACCAACUCGAUACCGUCGACCAAACACCAUCACAUAGGCGGACUUCACGGACCGGGCGGCCCGGCAUCCAUACUCCCUCCUAGCACCCCGGAAGCCAACAACAACUCUCUGUCGGCCGGCGAUCUGCAGACGCCUCAUUCGGGCAUGGAUCUCAAAGAAGACUCCGAGGACCAGGGUUCGUUGGACGGCGACCCGGAGACUCGCGACAGCCAGACCGAGAACAAGUCGCCCGACGACGGCAACUCCGGGUCGAAGCGACGGGGGCCUAGAACUACCAUCAAAGCUAAACAGCUGGAAAUCCUCAAGACUGCGUUCUCGCAAACGCCCAAACCGACAAGGCAUAUCCGCGAACAACUAGCCAAAGAGACCAGUUUGCCCAUGAGGGUCAUACAGGUUUGGUUCCAGAACAAGAGGAGCAAAGAACGAAGGCUAAAGCAGUUGACGUCCAUGGGACGGGGUCCGUUCUACGGUGGAGCGCGCAAAAUGCGAGGGUUCCCGUUAAACAUGAGUCCAGGGUCGCUGGACGAUCAACAGUCCGGGUUCCCGUACUUUGCCGGUUCGGCUGAAGUGAAAUUCGAGUUUGGCUACGGCCCGGGUUCUUUCCAUCCAGACUUCUUCGGACACCACGGACCGCAUCCAGGUGGACCGGGAGGACCAUUCGGACACCCCGGUGGCAUGGAUUCAAACCCAAUGUCUGGUAUGGGGCCGGAUUAUUCGGGAAUGGGUCAAGACGCCCCGUCCGGUUUCAUCAACCAACAACAGCAGGCCAACGACCAUCAGCUUUUAUCCCAAAGGCCAGGCAGUCCUUCCGAGUUUUUGGGUUCCCAAGGUGGAAGCAGUAGCGGUUUUUCAGAUGCACCGAACUUACAAAGUGAAGGCUUAGUUUGGUAACAAUAGAGCAAAUUGUACGUCCGCACAAUGUUAUUUUGCCCAAGUUAUUUUCGUUACUGACAUCACAAAAGUUUAUCGCCACUGGAUCAUCUGAGCUUUGUUUACCAAAUCCAGUUAAACGAUUGUUAGCUCGUUCAACUGUUAUUGUCUACAGUGAGGUAAUUUGCGAAGUCAUGAUAGCAUUUUCUCAUUAUUAAGAAGAAGUAUAAACACAAAUCGUGCCAUAAAGUCAUCACGAAGUAUGUGCUAUAUGUUUUAGAUAAACGACGUCAACACAAAUGUAUUUGUAACGUGUUAUAUCAUUGAAUUUUUCUAUUUAUUACACACAAACACACACACACACACACACACACAUACACAUGUAAUUAAUAUAAUAUAUUAAUAGGAUUUCUUGUUAAUUAUAAUAAUUAACACAAAAUUCUAAAAUAAAAAACGGUCGAAUUCUGUUCGUAUUUAGUUCAUAAAAUAAAUUAUUAUAAAAUAAAUAUAUUAAACGCGAGACACAAAUUUUUGUGCGUAGGAUAGAAGUGAAUUAAUAUUAUCUUCAUAGUAAUAAUAAUCAUAACAUAGAAAGACUUUUGUACAGAAUUGUAAUAAUUUUGCUUUCUUCGGGUGUAAAUAAAUUUUGUAAAUAAUUACACAUAAAUAUUCACAGCAAAACGGUUUUACUAAAAUUUUUUUUCCAAUCGUUAAAAAUCUAGUUUUAAUAUUUAAAUGUCAUGUGAUAAUCCGAAUAUUCAUAUAAUAAGAUAAUGUUGUACGAGUAUGUCCUUUAUAGAUUGAAGUUCUGAGAUUUACAAACGCUAAAAAUAAUGUCAAUAUACUUAUUAAUUUAUGUGUAAAUCGUGUGUAUUCUCGUGCGCAUAUAAUUUCACGUUGAAUAAAAAAAAUCCCAAAAUUAACAUAUUAUUAUUUCGCGAAUAAAUUGUAUGCGCUCGACUGCAAUGUCCUAUGAAAUAUAUUUGUAAAAACGUAUUAUUUAAACCGUGUGUAGAAUUGCAUAUUGUGUUUUUGUUUUCUAUGUAUGAAAAUGAUGUAAACGGAAAGAUGUUGUACAUUUUUUUUUUUUAGAUUUAUGGCGAAAAAUGUUAUUGUUUUUACUAUUGUCCCAAAGUUAAUUGUAUUUUACCUUUUUUUGUUGUUAUUGUAUAUGUUCCCUAUGAUCAUCAAAACUGUCUGUUGUAUAUAAAAAAAUAUAUAAUAUAUAUAUAACUCUGUUGUCAUUAUCACAUCA